GAGAGAGAGAGAGAGAGAGAGAGAGAGCGAGCGCAAAUUAAUUUCAAAGACUGCUUACAAAGUUUUUUUUAUUUUAUUUACGUGAUUAUUAAACUGUUCCUGAAGGAUUAACAAUUCGAACGGAAAAUCGGUUACGUACGUUAUGAACGAUUCAAAUUAUCGACGUUGGGAAGCAAGCAACGUUGUCCGCUAUUGAAUAGACAGUUGAAUACCGACCAGCGUUAAAAUAUUAUUCUUCAUUUUAUCGCUCCUCGAAAGUUUAUUCAUUUUCAUUAUUUCAUUACUUGACUAGAUCGUAUCUAUAGAUAUUUGAUUACGCCAAAACGUAUUUAGUGAAAAAGUUGUCAAGUAUGUACGCCUUCAUUCGAAAAUGAAAUGAGAAGGCCUCUUUUUUUAUAACAAUUUACGUUCUUCCAAUAUAAAUUUUCAUAUUACAAUUAUUUAUAUUUCCAUAGAAAUGUUGUGUCGCGAAGGAAAGCUGAGUUUAUCCUGCUUUAGUGCGGCUCUUAUUAUUGCACUCUUACCAGAAUUAGUUUUUAGGUUAGAAUUGGAUAAUAAUAGCAAAUAUUUGCAAAAUAUCUGGCUUACAUAUUUUCUUCAAUACAGUUUUUGCAAUUUCCUUCUACCCUUUCUCUUUUGUGGAUUCGAAUAUCAGGUUGCAUUGAGAUCCACGUUUUUAGGAUAUGUCGUGGGUGUUGGAAUAACGAUAUUUUCUAUUGCUUCGCCUUCAUGGCAAAUGUUUGGUGCUUAUAUGACAAUGUUAGCUAUAUUCCAUUAUAGCGAAUUUUUGUCCAUAGCAUGGGCAAAUCCGUCGUCUUUAUCUAUAGAUAGUUUUGUUCUCAAUCACAGUAUUGCUUAUGGCAUAGCUGCCUCUUUUAGUUGGAUAGAAUAUGUUUUGGAAAGACAGUUAUACCCACAAAUGAAAAUGGCCUCUUUUAUUUCUUAUUUCGGCUUAAUAUUAUCCAUUUUGGGAGAAGUAUUAAGAAAAACUGCUAUAUUUACAGCAAAAAAUAAUUUUAAUCAUCUUGUACAAAGCGAAAAAAAGAAGGAUCAUGUACUCAUAACGCAUGGUAUUUAUGCAAUAUUUAGACAUCCAAGUUACGUCGGUUGGUUUUAUUGGGCCAUUGGAACUCAGUUAAUACUACAAAAUCCACUUAGCCUUUUGGUGUACGUUAUUUCUUCCUGGAGAUUUUUCCACGAUCGUAUUCUUAUAGAAGAAUUAAUGCUAUGGAACUUUUUUGGCGAUGCAUACAUCGAAUACCAAAACAAAGUACCAACUGGAUUGCCGUUUAUAUCUGGUAAUAAAAUUAAAUCUACUUAGCAAGCUAUAGAUGUCUAGAUUCAAAUACCGUUAUGUCCAUUUUAAAUUGAUCUCAUAUGUCUUUCAAUAAAUUUAAUUUUUGUCUAUAUUAAAGCACGAUACCGUUACAAGUGCUUCUUUUUUUUGUAAAUAUGAUGAUACCGUUAUACUGCGCUAUAUUUUAAUACUAAUAUUAUAUUACCAAUAACUAAUACAAUAGUAAAAAGCCAAAUGAGUAGGAAGUUUGCUAUUCGCAGAAAUUUGUUACUUUGCGUUUUUAUGAGGGCUUCUGCAAGUUCAAAUUUUAAUUUUAAUAUCAAAUAACACGAGAUUAAAGUAAACUGUUCUUUUUUACAAAAAUUAUAUUUAUUGUCUCAUACAUGUAUAUAUAUAUAUAUAUUUAUUUUUUUCCUUUUUUUAGUAUUAUUUUUUAACAAUGCAGGCUACACGUCUUAAUCACUUUAUGUACUUUCAGUUUAUAACUUUACAUUUGUAAUACAUUAUGCAAGUCAUAUUAGCACUUGCAUUGACAUUAAUAAGCAUUUUCUCAGUGUUAAAUUAUGGCGGAAAAUGUGUCAAAUUGUAAUUGCAUGUUCAAUUUUGUUUACAUAAGUUUUUACGGUACAUUAGUUAUUUAAUCAAAGUACUUUACGUUUAAAGAUAACGAACAGCAAUAUCAUACUUUUGUUUUGUAUGAAAUUUAUAUUCUAGCCUAUUGUACAAAAAUUCUCUUUUAUUUACUAUAUAUAUUGAAAUACAUAAUAGAUAAAGAAACUAAUGUACAUAUACAGAAUUAUGGAAUAAUAAAAUAGAUAAUGUAUCAGUUAACGCGAAACUAGGCAGAGAGAAAGAUGAGAUAUUUCGCGGCCUAUCUCUUUCCCAACACGAUAUUUGAUUAUUUAUUUAGAAUUAUAGAAUAUAUCUGCGUAAAUCGUAAGAAUAUGUUAUUAAUUACAAGAGUAAAUAAUUAACUUUUAUUUUUUGUAUGCACACGUUGCAGUAUAUUCAAUAUCAAUACAAGAUUUGCAACACAUUUUACUAGCACCCAUUUGAACUAUUAUAUUAAAGGUUCUAGAAGUAACUUGCUUUCGUCCGUUCUACGAAAACGCAACUAUUCGAAUUUCUUGAUACAAGAUAGUAAAUUGUUUAUUUAAAUUUGAUCUUUUCAAAAAUCUUCUCGUCGCAUUUAGUUUUUUAACAAAAUUCGUUAACUUCAUUGUAUAACGUGUAAUAUUCAUUUGCCAAAGUAUGAAAGUAAUCACAAUUAAAAGAAAUAUUUAUAAAUAAUUUUGCAUUUUAUUAUUAAUUUACUUCUUAUUCGAUCAAAUCGAGAUAUAUUUUACUUUAAUUUUAUAAUAUUACUAGUAUUAUUGUUAAGUUAUAUCCAUACCAUUGUUAUAUUAUUACUAUCAUCGUUAUCUGCAAGUGCAAGAUUUACAAAAGUGUGUAAAAA